AUGGAGGAGGAACCAUUAGCCGGGGAAUCGCCAUCGCUCUCCAAUACAAAUGGCUGCUCCACCGCAGUGGCGGAUCGCAAGGAGCGUGUACGAGUCACGGGCCAGCGAAAGGGCGGCACGCUGCUGGAGCUGCUCGAGUGGGUCGUCUCCACAGGCGAGGAAGACAUGAUGUGGAGCUACUUGAGCACCUAUCGCAUCUUCGCGCCGCCCUUGCAGCUGCUCAAGAUGUGGAUGGGCAUGUACACAACCUACGCGGCGGACAGUGACGACUACAGCCGCGAGUUCAACCACCGGAUGGUCCUCUUCAUGCGCUACUGGGUCGACCACUUCUUUGACCAGGACUUCAAGGACAAGCCUGCAUUUUACGAGCUUGUGGAUUUCAUCAACAAGAAUCUGCCGCGGGAGGAGGCCAACAAGCUCAAGCUGGCGUUCGUGAAGUCUAGCGGCAUAAAGAGCAUCCCCAUGCUGAGUAUCGGGGCUCCUGCGAAGCCACGCGGGCCUCUCUCGCCCUCGGGCUUCCGGUCCCCGACACCGCGGAGUGCAGGCCAGUCUGGCCCGCAACGGACGGUGUACAUAGAGGAUCUCUCGCCCAGCGAGAUUGCCAUCAAUCUCACCGCCAUUGAGUUCGCCUGCUUUGAGAAGGUGCGGCCGGAGGAGCUGUUUCAUAUGAACUGGCAGAAGCCGGAACGAGAAACGUUGGCGCCCAACAUCUCCUCCCUCACGCAGCGCUUCAAUCAGGUGAGCUUUUGGGUGGCGACCGAGGUGGUGACGGCGCCCACGCCCAAGCAGAGGGUCGACAUACUGAAGAAAUUCAUCAAGUCAGCUCAGAAACUGCGAGCGCUCAACAAUUUUAAUUCUGUGAUGGAGGUCGUUGCUGGUCUGAACAACUCCUCCGUCCAGCGCCUCAAGGGGCUGUGGAAUGUACGUGGUGAUGGGUGGCUGUGGCUGUGGCUGUGGCUGUGGCUGUGGCUGUGGCUGUGGCUGUGGCUGUGGCUGUGGCUGUGGCUGUGGCUGUGGCUGUGGCUGUGGCUGUGGCUGUGGCUGACGCAUCCUUUCAUGCUUCCGUCGCAGUAUCUGGCACGGUUCGACGACCUCGACAAGCUCAUGAACCCCUCGCAGAACUUCAAGCUCUACAGGGAGGAAGUGCGCCAGGUCGACUUUCCUGCCAUCCCCUAUUUUGCGCCGACAUUGCGUGACGUGACGUUCAUAUACGAUGGCAACCGCGAAUACAUAUCGCCCGGCAAGAUCAACUUUGAGAUCAUGGAUCUGUUGGGUUGUCAGGUUCGCGAGCUGCUGCGGUACCAGAGGGUUCCCUACAACCUGCUCACGGACUACAACGUGCUCAACUACCUCAAGAGCGUUCGCCCGAUGGACGAGGACAUCCUUCGAAAAUUUUCGUUCAAAGCCGAGCCGGCGGGUCCCACGGGCAUCGCGAAGGAGCCGCGCCUGCGCGAGGGAUCGCUGAGCAGUCCGCUGUCCAAGUCCGACUCGGACUUCUCGCUCUUCAACUCCUCCGAGGAAUUCGACCCCGCGGCGGGCGACGCCUCCACGCCGCGAGACGAACUCUACAUGCAAGUGGAGCGGCUGGCGGCGGGCCGAGGCGAACCGCCCACGGGCGGCGGGGGCAGGCGCUACUUCAGCCUCUAUCUCACCCCCGACACGAGCGGACCCUACGCCGCGCUCAACUCCCCCCGAAGUCGAAAAUCGGCCGAGCUUGUGCGCGAGUCCGAGCAGAUCACUCCGCGCAUGAGGUCCAAGUCCGUAGCGGCGGGCGAUUCAGAGAGCGCCGGUUCUCUCACGGGUACCCUCGUCUGGGUUUAG